CACACCCCUCCCCCUCAGUUGCCCCUCCAACCGUUUUCAAUUAGCCCCUGAUGGGUGGAGUAAUGCAAUCAGGAGUAACUACAGCUCACCCAGAGCCUCCUCUCUCAGUCUGCCCCAGACUCCGCACAGGCACACACUCCUCAGACAGGAAGGUGAGUGACCCUGGGUCAAAAUGACAGAGCGCUACGACUGCCACUACUGUAAGGAGUCCCUGUUUGGGAAGAAGUAUGUUUUGAGAGAGGAGAAUCCCUACUGUGUGAAAUGCUAUGAGAGCCUAUACUCCAACACCUGUGAGGAGUGCAAGAAGCCCAUUGGCUGCAACACCAGGGAUCUGUCCUACAAGGACCGUCACUGGCAUGAGGACUGUUUCAUGUGCUUCCAGUGCAAGCGCUCGCUGGUGGACAAGCCCUUCUCCACCAAGGAUGAACAGCUCCUCUGCACUGAGUGCUACUCCAAUGAGUAUUCCUCCAAGUGCCAUGACUGCAAGAAAACCAUCAUGCCAGGCUCCAGGAAGAUGGAGCACAAGGGGAACAGCUGGCAUGAGACGUGUUUCACCUGCCAGAGAUGCCAGCAGCCCAUUGGCACCAAGAGCUUCAUCCCUAAGGACAACCAUAACUUCUGUGUGCCCUGCUAUGAGAAGCAGUUUGCCAUGCAGUGUGUGCACUGCAAGAAGCCCAUCACCACUGGCGGGGUGACCUACCAUGACCAGCCCUGGCACAAGGACUGCUUCCUGUGCACUAGCUGCAAACAGCAGCUGUCUGGCCAGAGGUUUACCUCUAGAGAUGACUUUGCCUACUGUCUCAACUGCUUCUGCAACCUUUAUGCCAAGAAGUGUGCUUCCUGCACCACCCCCAUUAGUGGCCUUGGAGGCAGCAAGUACAUUUCCUUUGAGGAGCGCCAGUGGCACAAUGACUGCUUCAACUGUAAGAAGUGCUCCGUGUCCCUAGUUGGCCGUGGCUUCCUCACUGAACGCGAUGAUAUCCUGUGCCCAGAGUGCGGCAAGGACAUCUAAUUCAGUCUGUGGGACGACGGAUACAUCUGAUUGGAUGACCAUGUUAUGAUAGAGGAAUGACAGAUACAAAAAAUACUAUCAGAGCACAGAGCCUAGCAUCCUUACUACCUAGUAUUACUAUGAAUGUACAUUGUUUUAUGCCAUGAAAUACAAACUACUAACAGUGUUAUUUGAAUUUAGAAAGUUUAAGUUAAAUGUUCACUCUUUGAGAAAAAGUCCUUACUAAUAAAAUAACUGUUGGCAUGAAUGUAAAGACAUUUGCUUCUGAAAUAGCAACAUGUUUGCAGAUAGACACUGUAUGAAGCAUUUUGAAAUAAAUCUACAAUAUUUAUGUAGACUAUCCACUUUGAAGUGUAAUAAUAAUAAUAAUAAUAAUAAUAAUAAUAAUAAUAACUACUUUGUGCAUGGACUAGCUUGAUGCUGUUAUUAGUGGUUUUGUGAAUGAAUUCUGCUAAUUAAAUAUAUCAAAAUUG